AUGGGGCCCUUCUGGGGGCUGCAGCAGCUGCGCAAGGCGCGCAAGGCGCUGCUGGGGAGGCUGCGCUAUUUGCUGCUGCCUCUGCUGCAGCUGCGGCGGCCCGUGCUGCACCCGCAGCAGCAGCAGCAGCAGCAGCAGCAGCAGUUGCUGCUCAAGCAGCGGCCGCCGCCUUCGCCCGCGGCGCCGCAGCAGCACGCGGAGAGCAGCAGCAGCAGCGGCUCCGACGGCGACCUGCGCCGCAGCAGCCCCACCCCCAGCAGCAGCAGCAGCAGCAGCAGCAGCAGCAGGAGGCUGUGGGGCGCGGGGCUGUGCCUGCGAGCUGCUGCUGCAUGCACUGACAUCUGCUGCUCCUGCUGCUUCUUCUUUUUUUCCCGCUGCGACAAGCUGCUGCGGCUGCUGGGCUUUGUGCUGCCUUGGGUUGGUUUGCUGCUGAUUGCCUUUUGCUGCUACGUGUACUUUUUGCUGCUGCUGCCUCUGUGGAACGGGCCGGCGCCGGCGGCGGCCUCCCCCCUGCUGCUGCAGCUGCAGCAGCAGCAGCAGCAGCAGCAGCAGCAGCAGCAGCAGCAGCGAGGCUGGCAGCACCUGCUGCUCUCCUGGCUCUGCCCCCAAGCUGCUGUUGCUCUCUGGCUUAUUUGCUGCACUCUUUACUGCUACUUCAAAAGCAUUUUUGUGUCUCCUGGCCGCCCCCCAGCAGCAGCAGCAGGAGUUUUGUCGCAGCAGCAAGUUGCUGCCUUUGCUGCUCUCUCCCACAUGUUUUGCGGCACCCCUCUGCUGCCUCCCCCCGAUGCUGCUGCUGCUGCUGCUGCUGCUGCGGGUGCAGCUGCUGCUGACGCAGCGGCGGAGCCCGCGGAUGUGGAGCUGCCCUCUGCACACUCUCCUGCUGCUGCUGCUGCUGCUGCUGCUGCUGCUGCUGCUGCUUCCGAAGCAGCCUCGUGCGCAGAGGCAGCGGCCGCGGUAGUGGCAGCAGAGGCAGCAGCAAAGCCAGCAGCAGCCGCAGGAGCAGCAGCAGCAGCAAGCGCCGAGCCGGCCGCAGCAGCAGCCAAAGGGCCACCUGCUGCUGCUGCCUCUGACCCCGCCCCCACCCCCCCCUGGCAGCAGCAGCAGCAGCAGCAGCAGCAG